AUGGUAACGUUUCCUGUAGUGAUUGAGUCGGGCUCUCAGGCCAGGCUGUGUGUUAGUCUUUACAAACCAAAUGAGACUCUUUCAAUGAACAUUCAUCUGGUUAAUAAUGGCCUGAAAAUACCUUUGUACAAGACUGAAGCAAAGACUGGAUUUCAUCAUUGCUUUUGCUUCCAGGCUCCACUGGUAGUGGGAGAAUCUGUGCAGAAAAUAAAAACCGUAAUUAAGGGGAGGCAUUUUAAUGUGGCUGAGGAGAGGAAAGUCCUUUUCAAAAGUUACGACAAUUUGACGUUUAUCCAAACGGAUAAACCAAUCUAUAAUCCAGGUCAAACAGUGUUUUUCAGAGUUGUAACAAUGGAUGACAAUUUUGUGCCUCUCAAUCAGAUGUACAGUAUGGUUGUGGUGGAGGAUAAUCAGAAUAACAGGAUUGGUCAGUGGACAAAUGUUUCCUCCUCGAGGUGGAUCUUGCAGCUUUCUCAUGAAUUAAACCCAGAAGCUCCGCAAGGCAUGUACACUCUGAUGGCUUUUAUUGGUGACUGGAUGGUUAAAUGGCCUUUUGAGGUGAAAAAGUAUGUUUUACCCAAGUUUGACAUCACUUUGAAAGUGCCGCAGACACAGAGUGUUGGUGAAGUUGGACUGAAAACUGAGGUUUGUGCAAGGUACACAUAUGGACAACCUGUUCCUGGUAGCACACUGGUUAAAGUGUGCCGUAGUCCUUUUGACUACGUUUCUGUUCCUGGGUUGGUUCCUCUGUGUUCAACUAAAACUGCUGUGAUGAAUGAGACUGGUUGUGCCUCCAUUAUCUUCAGUACAUCUGCUUUCUUGAGCUCCAUUUUUGAGAACUCUCUGCAGGAUUCUCUUCUAGUUAAUGCAAGUGUAACAGAGGAGGGAACAGAUGUAGUCAUGACAAAAUCUGAAACCAUAUCCUUAACUUACGAAAUUGGAAGGGUCAUGUUUAUGGCGAUCCCUGACUUUUUUACGCCUGGCUCAGCUCUAAAGGGAAAGGCUCUAUCGUUGUACGUCAGAGUGUUCCGCUCAACUGGAUCCAGCACAGUGACCGUAUCAUCCGUGGGAGAAACCUAUCAAUUUGUUGUGAAUGAGACAAACUAG